UUAGCGUGUAUUGUCCAUGAGGUGCCUAAGGGUGUAGCUCCAUGGAGACCGAUACCUAAGCCUAGAACGGUACUUCCUAGGGAAAGACCUGUACCAAAACCUAGGACUAAGCUUCCUAAGGAAAGACCUGUACCGAAACCUAGGACUAGGAAACCAAUGUCUCCACCUAAGGUCCGUAAGCCUGUAAGGGUGUCGAGGGAAGUUAAGGAGCAGCCUAUAGUGGUUACACCAGAGGAACAAGAAAUUGAUCCAUUUGGAACAGACCUUGAAAAGCCAUUCCACAGGAAAAUUGAAACAGCCGCAAAUGGAGCCGCUGUGACCUACUCGAUAACUCCUCAUUAUAUGGACCCCCUGGACCAGAUGACUGCAAGUAGACAGGUAGUGAGAGGAAUACUUGUGAAUGAGUUGAAGAGAAUGGGUGGGUUGAAGUACACAGAGACUCUGAAGGUGAGAAUGUCAAAGGAAAUUGGUGACGGGAAAACCAAGAAGGACUCAGUCUACUUCAAAUCUAAGACUGGUACUGCAACUAACUUCGAGGAUAUUGAAAGUACAGCUGCUCAAAACCAACUGACAAUAUUAUCUAGAAUUGAAACCUUCCAAAACUUAGGUUCAAAUUGGAUUAUACUCAAUAUUUAG